AUGGCGCUGCGGCGCCUCCUGCUGCUGCUGCUGCUGCUGCUCUCGCUGGAGUCCCUGCACCUGCUGCCCGGCGCCCGCGCCGCCCGCGGCCGCGCCGCCAACCGGACCCUGAGCGCCGGCGCCGCUGCCGUCGGGGGCCGGCGGCCCGGGGGCGCCCUGGCCCGGGGCGGCCGGGAGCUGAACGGCACCGCCCGGGCGCCCGGCGGCCCCGAGGCGGGGAGCCGGCGGGGGCAGCCCGCGGCGGCGGUGGCGGCGGCCAGCGCGGCCGUCACCUACGAGACGUGCUGGGGCUACUACGACGUGAGCGGCCAGUACGACAAGGAGUUCGAGUGCAACAACAGCGAGAGCGGGUACCUGUACUGCUGCGGCACCUGCUACUACCGCUUUUGCUGCAAGAAGCGCCACGAGAAGCUGGACCAGCGCCAGUGCACCAACUACCAGAGCCCGGUGUGGGUGCAGACGCCCAGCACCAAGGUGGUGUCGCCGGGGCCCGAGAACAAGUACGACCCGGAGAAGGACAGGACCAACUUCACCGUCUACAUCACCUGCGGGGUCAUCGCCUUCGUCAUCGUGGCCGGCGUCUUCGCCAAGGUGUCCUACGACAAGGCCCACCGCCCUCCGCGGGAGAUGAACAUCCACAGGGCUCUGGCCGACAUCUUAAGACAACAGGGACCAAUCCCCAUAGCACACUGUGAAAGAGAAACUAUCUCAGCUAUCAAUACCUCUCCCAAAGAGAACACACCGGUCAGAUCGUCCUCCAAAAACCACUACACCCCCGUGCGUACGGCCAAGCAGACUCCAGGACAUUAUGGGAAGGAUACCCACCGAAGUGGAGGACCCGAUCUCCAUAACUUCAUCUCAUCUGGAUUUGUCACGUUAGGAAGAGGACACACGAAGGGUGAUCGUCAGUAUAACCAUCCGAUUUUAAGCAGUGCUACCCAGACCCCUACGCAUGAAAAGCCACGGAUGAACAACAUCCUGACGUCGGCCACGGAGCCCUAUGACCUCUCCUUCUCCCGCUCCUUCCAGAACUUGGCCCACCUGCCCCCAUCCUAUGAGUCUGCGGUGAAGACCCACCCCAGCAGGUACUCAUCCCUGAAGCGGCUAACUGACAAAGAGGCUGACGAAUAUUACAUGAGGCGGCGGCAUCUGCCUGACCUGGCCGCCCGCGGCACCCUCCCCCUCAACGUCAUCCAGAUGUCCCAGAAGCCCUUACCGCGGGAGCGGCCCCGCCGGCCCAUCCGGGCCAUGUCACAGGACAGGGUUCUGUCCCCACAGCGGGGCCUGCCCGACGACUUCGGCUUGCCCUAUGACCGCAUCCUGUCCGACGAGCAGCUGCUCUCCACGGAGCGCCUGCACUCCCAGGACCCGCUGCUGUCCCCGGAGCGGACGGCCUUCCCCGAGCAGUCCCUGUCGCGGGCCCUCUCGCACACGGACGUCUUUGUGUCCACGCCCGUGCUGGACCGCUACCGCAUGACCAAGAUGCACUCCCAUCCCAGUGCCUCCAAUAACUCCUACGCCACCCUGGGCCAGAGCCAGACGGCCGCCAGGCGCCAGGCCUUCGCCUCCCGCAGACACAACACGGUGGAGCAGUCGCACUACAUCCCGGGCCACCACACCUGCUACACGGCCAGCAAGACGGAAGUGACCGUGUGA